CAGACUCAGUAAAAACACUUUAAGUGUUUUUAAGUCUCUGUCAGUUCUCAGGACUUUUGUAAAGUGUAACUGAACCUCUGUGGUUUGGAGUUUAGCUUCACUGCUAUUUCCUGAUCUUUGACUAUUUACUGAUCACUUCCUACAGACACAAGUAGCUGUUUCACAUUAAAAGCUUUCCAUCGGUGAACCAGAAGGAUACUUUUAUUGUGAAGUAGCAACAGGAAAUAAAAUGUGUUUGUCACCAAGUCAGCAAAAGCUUUGUUAGCAGUGAAAUUCUUCAAUAAUAAUUCUUCUCUACAACAAGAUAUGAACAUAUUCUGUGAUAUUUUAUCAGUGGAUCAGAUUGUAUUGAGUAAUAGUAAAAGCACAAACAGCCACAAUGAGCUGUUAGAUAAAGAGCUGCAGAUGAGUCUCUGACUGUAGUUUGUACAAACCAGCACACGUCCAACAUUAAAGGAGAACAAAGACUUUAACCUGGCUGUGAAAUACUGGAGACAAUCUUUUUAUAUUUUCCAGCUCUGAUUAAAUUGUUAAAGUUGCUUAUAGCAUAUUUAAUUAAAAAGUUAUAUAUGUAUAAGCAACAAUAAAAAUUACAUUUUUCUUUCAAUAAAAAUUAAUUUCUAACAAAAUUAUGUUUUGUCUUCUUUCACACUACAUGUGUAGAUAUGUCUGCUGCCAGCUGUCUGAGAUCUGAUGAUCAGUUUCUGUGCUCCAUCUGUCUGGAUGUGUUCACUGAUCCAGUCACCACACCAUGUGGACACAACUUCUGCAAAAACUGCAUCAAUGAACACUGGAACAGGAAUGACCAGUACCUGUGUCCACUGUGUAAAAAGGUGUUCUACACAAGACCUGAGCUUCAUGUCAACACAUUGCUCAAUGAGAUGGUUUCUCAGUUCAGACAGGAAGUUCAACAGAAAGCCAGCAGCAGCAGCUCAGAGCAACAAGCUGCCAAACCAGGAGAAGUUCCCUGUGACGUCUGUACUGGAACCAAACUGAAGGCCCUGAAGUCCUGUCUGGUGUGUCUGACAUCCUACUGUGAGACUCACCUGGAGCCUCAUCUGACAGCCUUAGGUCUGAAAAGACAUCAGCUGAUGGACCCUGUGGAGAACCUGGAAGACAGGAUGUGUAUGAAGCACGAUAAACCUCUGGAGCUGUUCUGUAAGACCGACCAGACAUAUGUCUGCAUGCUCUGCUCUGUUUUAGACCACAAGACACAUGAGUUUGUUCCUCUGAAAGAAGAAUAUGAAGGAAAGAAGGCAGAGCUGGGGAAGACAGAGGCUGAAAUUCAGGAGAUGAUACAGAAGAGACGACUGAAGAUUCAAGAGAUCAAACACUCAGUUGACCUCAGUAAGGAAGCUGCAGACAGAGAGAAAGCAGAAGGUGUUCAGGUCUUCACCGCUCUGAAGGAGUCUGUUGAGAGAAGCCUGAAUGAGCUCAUUGAGACGAUUGAAGAGAAGCAAAGAACAACAGAGAAACAGGCUGAAGACUUCAUCAAAGAGCUGGAACAGGAAAUCUCUGAGCUGAAGAAGAGAAGCUCUGAGGUGGAGAAGCUCUCACACUCUGAAGACCACCUCCACCUCCUCCAAAGCUUCCCAUCCCUGAAAGCUGCUCCACCCACCAAAGACUGGACAGAGGUCAGCGUCCAUCCAUCAUCACAUGAGGGGACUGUGGUGAAAGCUGUGGCUCAGCUGGAGGAGACGCUCAGUAAACAGAUGAAGAAGCUGUUUGAGGCUGAGCUGAAGAGGGUCCAGCAGUAUGCAGUGGAUGUGACUCUUGAUCCUGAUACAGCAAAUCCUCAUCUCAUCCUGUCUGAUGAUGGGAAACAAGUUUACUGUGGUGUUGUGAAGAAGAAUCUCCCAGACAACCCAGAGAGAUUUUCUCUUAGUUCCUGUGUGUUAGGAAAGCAGAGUUUGUCUUCAGGCAGAUUUUACUUUGAGGUUCAGGUUAAAGAGAAGACUAAAUGGACUUUAGGAGUGGCCAGAGAGUCGAUCAACAGGAAGGGACUCAUCACUCUGAGACCACAGUAUGGUUUCUGGACUAUAUGUUUGAGAAAUGGAAAUGAGUACAGUGCUCGUAAUAACCGUACAGUCUGUCUCUCUCUGAAGUCUGGUCCUCAGAAGGUUGGGGUGUUUGUGGAUUAUGAGGAGGGUCUGGUCUCCUUUUAUGACUUAGAUGCUGCAGCUCUUAUCUACUCAUUUACUGGCUGCUUCUUCACUGAGAAACUCUACCCAUACCUCUGUCCCUGUCUUAAUGAUGGUGGUAAAAACUCUGCCCCUCUGAUCAUCUGUCCUGUCAAUCAAACUGCCUGAGUCAAUACCAGGAUGCUGAUUGAUUAGAGAGCAAAACUGAUCAAAUCUUGUUUAUUAUGGUAACAAAUGUAUAUUCAGCAGUAAUGUGUCUUGUUUUCAUCAGGAUAAUUAAUAUGUUUAAACUCUGCAGUUUUACUCCGUCUCUGCAUAUUUCAGAGCCUCAUUUUUCCUUUUUAGUAUAUAAAAUAUUCUUAAAUAAACUAAGAUACAAGUCUGGUUUAUAUAUUUUCUGGUUAGUGUUUGAAAAGUUCACAAGUUCUAUCACUGAAAUAUUUAAAUAAUGAAUGAAUGUGUUCAUGCUGUGCCGACUGUGUGUUAAGUGAACAGGAUUUAGUUUAAACCUGUUUUAAAUGUUUUCACUAACUUCACAACAUAUAGGAUGUUGAUGUAGUCCUACUCUGUUUAGGAAAGAGCGCACACAGUACAGGACCUCCAGUUUCAUUUUACACACUGAUUAUAUUGACACAUGUUCAUGUGCUGUACUUAAAUAAAUGUACUUAGUUAUAGUUUACCACUACUCCUGAAACAUAUAUUGUUUCACCUAAUUCUGAAAAUUAGAACUUAAAUUCAGCUUCAACAAUAUUUAUAUAUUAAUAGCUAAUUGUAUUAAUAAUGUUUGAUAAAUUCACCAUAAGUGAACUAGUACUUUAUCUCCACUCUUUGAGGUGAACUACUUUAUAUACAGUUAGCUAGUUUAGUCCAGUGGUUCCCAACCUAGGGGUGGGGCCCCUCCAAAGGGUCAGCAGAUAAAUGUGAGAGGUGGUGAGAUGAUUAAUGGGAGAGGAAAGAAGAACAAACUAAGUUCUGAUUCACAAAUGUGUUUUCAGUGUUUGGACUUUUUCUCUAAUCUUUGAUUUUUGCUGAAAUAUUGGA